UUCUAUUUCUGUAAAACGCGGCGUCCUGAGCAGCCGGGAAGUUGGAACGUACGCUCUACGCUAUUAUAAAGCAGUUCGUCGUGUAAUAUAGCCGAUCGGUAUAGUAAUUGUGAUAGUAAUCGACAUAAAUUUCCAGAAUGUGCCCCUGAAUUAUUAAUAACGAUCGAUAGACCACAAUUCGUCUCUGAUUUGCAAUAGUUUGAAAAAUGAACAGUUUGCAUUUCUACAGAAACAAUAAUAAGAACAGAAAUAUUCUGAGCAAAGCCGCAUAUUUCACGGCAAACGUCAAAGAUCCGGAAUACAAGUGUAUCAACUACACCUUGCGUGAGAAUAAUUGUUUGCAACGAAGCGUUUCAGCUGAUAAUGUUGUAAUUCGUUCACGUGGUUUCAAACCAUCAGACAUACACGAUCCAGCAAAAAGGCAUUUUCUUGAGAAUUUGACAACCAAAAUACUCCACGUCGACAUGGACGGAGGUGAAACUAAAAGAAUUGAUUUACAAAAAUUACUUACGCCUGCCAAUGAUUCGGACGAGUUAUUUCACGCAAAGAACAAAAAAAUGUAUGCAUCUUCAUAUUUCUACGCACCAUCGCAUCCAACGGUCGAGGAUCAGGUGGAGCUGGCUAGGCGCAUUUCUCAUUCGCUAAGUGAUGCAAAGAAUAUGAAGAGCAAAGGACAAUCUAUGUACGUUAACCGAAAGAAGCGAUCCGUCAAAUGGAUUCACGAUGGGAACGGGGUUGAAAGUGGAGACGAGCCAGAAUCGAUCUCGAUGAUUUGCAAGGACAAGAUUCCACUCAAGUGCGUGAUGAAUCCGAACGGAAAGGUGCUGGAUAUCCACGGUAUCCAGGCUCUCGGGGAAGAAGUAAAUAUCGAAGAAACCCCUUCACAUCCGGAAAAGCUAUUCGACAUUGUUCGCGAUCUUAACAAUCAGAAGGGUCGCGGUGCAGAAAUCUUUGCGAAACGGAGGAAAAGGUCCGAGAAAUGGGUGGUGGAGAAAGAUCAAUCUCAGACAAUCACAGCACCUUUUACCCCAAAAUUUAAACAGGAAGCAGACGUUAAAGAGAACUCGGCUUUACCAAUGUUGGACCCGUUGUUGAUUCCCGGAUCAUUGGACAACACAGUUAAAGCGACCACAAACACGACGUGCCAACCGUUCUACAACCCUUUUACCCUGGAUCUUUCGCUUUCUCCUGAAACUACGCUGGCCCCCGCGCGCGGUAAGUACGGAAACCGUUACGUUCAAUUCCAACGAGACGUAGGUAGUUACAACGGGACGAGACUCGAGGAAACUAAAAACAUUCAGGUACACGCUAUGGAUAGCACUGAACUUAACACCGUAAAUCGCCGAGAGAAGAAAGAUACCGCAAAACCUAAAAAAAACUUUGCUAUCAAACGGAAGACCGUCGAGCAUCCUGCAGGGUUUAAAAAUUCUCGUAGUCCUGCUAAUCGGACCAAAUAUUUCUACGCAUCCCGCGGUACCCCGUACCACGACUCAUAUAACGGUGAAAUGAUUUUCACCCCCGGGUUGAAGACCAAUCCCCGCCAACACGUUGGUUACAAGGAAUGUGGCAUCAACAACAUGAACAGUAAAAAUAAUACCGCUGAUGGGCAAUCUGGGAGGAACGAGUAUGACCAAUGCGAGAAUGGUGCUAAUAACGAGUACACACCGAUACCGGUCAAACAAUUGAUCAAGGAAUUUGAAAAGACCUGCCGACCUGUUAUGCAUUACAAACAGAACUGCCCGAACAAGAUUGCUACGCAGAUGGGUAACUUUGAUAACGAAAUGAUAUCCCGUUAUUUCGAAGGUCGCACUUACGUUUCGACAAUCAAGCGCAACGAAGAUAUUGAACGGCUCAGUCAUUGGAAUGAGACAUGUCGACAAGAUGGAAGUGUCAACGGGUGCAUUCCGGUGAUGAAGGAAGAAGAGUGGACAUCAGAUCAGAAUUACGGCGACGACGCAGCCCCAGGUUCAUAUAUUAACGUUAGUCCCGGGAUUUCACUGAAUGACAGUGUCUCCGAGAAUUCUCGCCAACGGGGCUGGAGAUUGAAAUACAUCGACGACGAUGAUACAUCGACUACCGACGACAGUAGUAGUACCGAUGCAAGUGAAUCCACGACUCAAUCGAUCUGCACCUUCGAGGAGAACGAGGCGUACGAAAGACAGGGGGAACUUAUUGUCUCAGAGUUUUGCGACAGCGGAAGCUGUUGCGUACGGGCAAACGGCCGGCCACAGAAGCCUUCGGACACAACGCCCGCGAGUCUGGUUCCAGCCGACACCAACGACAACCCUCUUGUUUUGGCAAUGGUUGCCUCGGAGGAGGACAUUUUGCAGACAAUAAAACAACUUCGCCGCACGCCGGUACUGCAAAAUCUAAUACCCACCGGUGCAUCCCCGGAACUAUGCCCCUUUAGUGACAUUUCACCGGAUGUAGGAGAUAAUGCCCACGAAAAUACUGAAUAUCGAGGACCGAAAUUGAACAGUUACCAGCGAUUGUCAAACUACAACACCGCCCCACGAGGCUGGGAUCAAGCGCACACGUAUUACAGACCAAUAACUUUUGGUAGGCCUCAAGAAUCGAUUGUAUAUUCAGAUUUUUAGCAAUGCGAAUAUUAUCCGUCGAUCUCGACAUAACCGGUUUGGUACAUUAAGCCCACGAUAUAGUACAGAAAUACGUUUCUCCUUCCUUCUGUAAGCAUUAUACUACAACGGCAUGCCAAUCACUCCGUUUUCUUUGGGCUUAACCAAACCGGCUGUGUUUGCACAACCGACUCAUCGACAACUUCCACCUCAUCAGCAAGACUGCGACUUUACUCGCAGAAAAAUCACUUAUAAAAAAUAUUUAUCAAUUAUGUAUACAUAUGCGAGACCUGAGUUUCAAAUGCAUAAUUUUAAUUGGAUUAUUUUCCCUAACAACGUUAAUCGUCUAUUCUGCCACUGACACAGUUACGUACAUGAGAAAUAUACUACGUGCAAGGUCGUACAAAAUUGCAUAACGUUAAAAAAACUCUACAUUUACAGAUAUAGACUUACGAUUUCUAUUUGCUUUGUUCACUAAUCACCUAUUGUACACUAUAUACAUUUUAUGCAUAAUUAUAAGUGAAGAUGUUUAUCGUUAUGCCUUUGCCAGUGUUAUCCCAAUGCAUUUUCAUCUGUUAUACACACAUCCAUAUUAUAUGUAUAAUGUGAUCUAAAAGCAAAUAAUUUGG